AUGUUCACCGUUAUUGAGAAUUCUUCGUGGUGUCUUGGUAAUGGUAGCUCCAUUAAUUUAUUGUUCGACAAUUGGUGUGGCCAACCGUUGUAUGUUCAUAGAGAUUCUCUAAGAUCUUUUGAGGACCAUCCGUCGGACAAGAGAUGUUGGAAGAAUUCCGCUGAUGGGGAUUUAACUUUAAAUAUUGCUUAUGACUUCAAACGACAUAGGGGUAAUAUGGAUGCUAAAUGGAGUUUGAUCUGGAACAAAUUGAUUCCUCCAUCAAAGUCUUUUUUGGCAUGGAGGCUUUUUCACCAUAAGAUGCCAACAGAUGAUCAUUGGAAGAACAAGAGUUUCUCCUUCCCUUCUCGUUGUUCUCUUUGUGGGCGUUCGGAGAAAAUGAAAACUCAUCUUCUUUUCUACUGUGAUUAUGCUCACAAACUUUGGAGUUGGCUAAAAAAUAUGUUGAACAUUUCGUCCUCUUCUCUCGGUUGGGAUGUUUUAUGGAAAAUUCUCAACUCAGACGGGGCUACCCAAUAUUAG